CUUUAAAAGUCUCCAUCUGCAAAUCCCAUUAGAUGUGCAUAUAAGGUUUCUGAUGAUUAAUAGUUGCCUGCUAGCGUUUUGGUUGGAGGGGAUCUUUGUGUGCGGGUUAACCCCUCCCUCUCCUCUCUCACAUUUCACUUCAGAAAUUUGUCACUCUCUCCCCACCGCAGGAUUUAAAAGUGUGUCCCAGCAGCCCUGGUCCGGCCCUCUGCAGGCAUUUGCUCCGGGCUCCAGGACAAGCUCCUCAUCAGCUGGUGCGUCUGGGUUGGGACAGUGAAAAUGUUUAGUGUCAUUGGCGACAAAUACACGUACAGGGGACCCCAGUAGGCAGGCUGGUGCAUCGGAGGGGCAGGAGGAAGCCCGACAUAGGUGUGUGCACACGCAUAGGAGUAUCUGGCCACAUGUGUGUGUCCUUUAAAGAGAGACUUUGGUUUAGGUUUUUGUUUUCGGUCCUGGGGUAAAUUUUCUGCUAAACAUUUUUCCCUAUUUUUUUCUUUUGCAUUUAAAAAAAACUGAACGUAAAAAGUAUAGAGUCAAAUCUUUGAAAGGACUGAGGCGUGCCGCGGACAGCAGAUGGAUCCCGUGGCCAGCAGCUGCAUGAGGAGCCUCCAGCCCCCAGCCCCUGUCUGGGGCUGCCUUCGAAACCCCCACUCAGAAGGCAAUGGGGCCUCAGGGCUACCCCACUACCCGCCAACCCCGUUCUCCUUCCACCAGAAACCAGACUUCCCAGCGACAGCGACGGCAGCAUACCCCGACUUCUCGGCCUCCUGCCUGGCGGCCACCCCACACAGCCUGCCCCAGGAGGAGCACAUCUUCACUGAGCAGCACCCCGCUUUCCCACAGUCCCCCAACUGGCACUUCCCUGUCUCAGAGGCCCGGCGCAGGCCCAACUCAAGCCCGGCAGGGGGUUCCAAGGAAAUGGGGACCAGCAGCCUGGGCCUGGUGGACACCACAGGAGGCCCAGGCGAGGACUAUGGGGUGCUUGGGAGCACUGCCAAUGAGACAGAGAAGAAGUCAUCCAGGCGGAGAAAGGAGAGUUCAGGUCAAAGUGUGGUUCCAGAACCGAAGGAUGAAGUGGAAGCGUGUGAAGGGAGGUCAGCCCAUCUCCCCCAGUACGCAGGACCCUGAGGAUGGGGACUCUGCAGCCUCUCCAAGUUCAGAGUGAGAUUCUGCAUGGAGAAAAAAUGACUGAGGACUGAGCCCCUCUCCAGCUACCCCCACCCCAUUCCCACCUUCACCUUUACCUUCUUCCUUCCCCGCCAGGCAGCCUCUCCACAUCUUUCACUGACUCUUGGAUAUGAAACUGCCCAGCAUUCCUGGGAGUCUUCCAGGAAGUUCUGUCCAGCCUCUUAGCAGUCUCUUCCCUAGGGCCUUUACUUCCCACACUCUCAUGGAAUCAGACAGCAAUCCUACCGGGCCGGAUGAAUCUGAGAACAGCUUCAAGGACACUGCUUCUUAGGGUCUCUUGACUGCCACCCACACCUCCUCCUACCACGGUUCUCCUGUGUCAGCCAGGCUUCCUCCUGGUCUGGACACCACCUGGCCUGGUGGGAGAGGAGCUUUGGAACCAGCUGGUGACUCGGAAAGUAAAUGCUUUAGAAGGAAGGAAAUGACGGAGACACACACGCCCUGACCCGCCUUUCCUCUGUGGGCUGUACAUCUAAGGCUCUGGGGCCCCUUAGUUGUCCCUGAACCCCAAGAAAAAUCAGAACGAGGAGAGUCAAGGACAGCAACUCAGCUGCUGCACGCCAGAGACCUAUCCCUGCCUCCAAACUUGUUGGCUAAGUGGGGACACUUCUGAGCACUGACUAGAGAAGACAGCAAAAUAGCCUGAUGUAGGUUACUGUGUCCCCAUACAGGCCCAUCCACACAGUCUUGACUGGGUGGACAAAGAAUGAACCCAUGAUAGCACCUGCUCCUUCAAAAUAAAAAUCAAUUUAGGGAUUCAGCAGGGGCUGUUAAGCAGUGUCCAGAGGAAAGGAGCAGCUACUCCUUUUAAAUCCAGAAUUUCUGGACUGAAAACCUCUCCAGAUGCCCAGUUGUUGAGCUGAACUACUAGGAGCUGGAAACAACGUAGGGGCCGAAAAGUGUUCCCUAUAUUCUGGAGGGGGUUGGGAAAUAAUAAUGAGGGCUGCCAGGUGAGGGCCUGGAGACGUGGAACCCUCGCGUGGAAGGUUCUCCAGCUAAGUGUCUGCAAAGGGGACAAAAAAAUCCCUCUUCCUCCAUGGGAUGGAUUUAAGUUCUCCCUGUGUGUUCUACACAUGCUAUAAUUGUGGGAGGAAAUGCUAGGUUUUUGUGUAUGGACUGCUCAGACCUCAGCCAGGUCUUCUGGGAUGCCACUUGAUGACUGAUGGCCAAAUAGCCUGGGGGACUGACCCCCUGGCCUGCCUCAGAGUUCUGUCUCCCAACACCAGCUGGUGUUGCAGAGGGAGGUCAAAGAAAGUUUUGAUCUCUUGUAUACAGAUUUAAUCAUUCACAUGUAAAAAUAACCCCACCUCCCCACCCCAAAGAGGAUGAAAGCUGUGGAAAAUGAUCGCCAAAUGAGAUGGCUGGUUAGAGGAUGAUUUUUUUUCUAAAGCAUACUUCAUAUAUUUUCUUAAGAUUACAUCAAGCUAAUUGUGCAAGGUCAAUUCGCUUUGUAAGAAAACUCUUGAAGAAAUAAAAUCAAUAAAAAGCAAA